AUGGUCUACGAAGCUACCGCCACCGCCCCGGUCAACAUUGCCUGCAUCAAGUACUGGGGCAAGCGCGACACCAAGCUCAUCCUGCCGACCAACUCGUCGCUCUCGGUGACUCUUGACCAGGACCACCUCCGCUCGACCACCACUUCGCGCGCAGACGCUUCGUUUGAGGACGGCGACCGUCUCUGGCUGAACGGCAAGGAGGAGAGCAUCAAGGAGGGCGGCCGUCUGUGGACCUGCAUCAAGGAGCUCCGCGGCUGGCGCAAGGCUGAGGAGGACAAGAACGCCGAGCUCCCCAAGCUCGCUGCGCUCAACCUCCGUAUCGCCUCGUACAACAACUUCCCCACUGCCGCUGGCCUUGCUUCGUCGGCUUCGGGUCUUGCCGCCCUCGUCGCUUCGCUCGCUGGCCUCUAUGAGCUGCCCCAGUCCCCCUCGGAGCUGUCGCGCAUCGCCCGCCAGGGUUCCGGCUCUGCGUGCCGUUCGCUCUUUGGCGGCUUUGUCGCUUGGCGUGAGGGCAAGGAGGCCGACGGCUCGGACUCGCUUGCCGAGGAGGUCGCCUCGCGCGAGCACUGGCCCGAGAUGCAGGCUCUGAUCUGUGUCGUCUCGGACGCCAAGAAGGGCACCUCGUCGACCGCCGGCAUGCAGCACACCGUCGAGACUUCGCCUCUCCUCCAGGAGCGUCUGCGUGUCGUCCCCAAGCGCAUGGACGACAUCUCGGCCGCCAUCAAGGCCCGCGACUUUGACGCGUUCGCCCGCCUCACCAUGGCCGACUCGAACCAGUUCCACGCCGUCUGCCUCGACACUGCCCCUCCCAUCUUCUACCUCAACGAUGUGUCGCGCGCCAUCAUCGGCCUCGUCGAGGAGCUCAACCGCGCCCACCUCGCCAAGACUGGCCACCUCCUCGCCGCCUACACCUUUGACGCCGGACCCAACGCCGUCAUCUACGCCCCCGAGGCGAACAUGCCCACCAUUGUCGCCGCCGUCAACCGCUUCUUCCCCCAGGCCGAGGCCUUCCCCGACCCCUUCAAGGUCGGCACCGCCGCCGCCCUCCCCGAGGGCUUUAGCGAGGGUGUCAUCCGCAUUGGCGGCUGGGAGAAGGGUGCCGUCAAGUCGCUCAUCCACACCCGUGUCGGCGACGGCCCCCGCCGUCUUGGCCCCGAGGAGUCGCUUCUUGGCCCCGACGGUAUCCCCAAGACUCUCGCUUAG